AUGAGCCAGUUCGGGCUGACGCGGCACCGGCGCGUGCACACGGGCGACUUCCGCUACAAGUGCGAAGAGUGCCCCGACGCGUUCGUGUCGCGCGGCCAGCUGCUGGCGCACGCGCGCAACCACGCGGGCGCCGAGCGGCCCUUCAAGUGCCCGCUGUGCACGGCGUCGUUCGUGCAGCGCGGCCUGCUCACGCUGCACCUGCGCAAGCACACGGGCGAGCAGCCCUUCCGCUGCGCGCUCUGCGCACACCACUUCCCGCACCGCCGCCUGCUCGUCGCGCACCAGGCGGUGUGCCACAAGGUGCCGCACGCUUCCAAAGCCGAUAUGGCGGUGUCGAGCGCGGGGUCGGGGGCGGCGGAGGCGGCGGAGGCGGCGUCGGGGCGCUCGGCGGCAGCAGCCGCGGCCACGUCGCCCGCCGACGGCCAGACGGGGCUCUCCGAUGGGCCCCUGGCGCCGAGGAGUGCGCCUGCUAAUGGGAUAUUGACAUUACCUCGAGACUUAGCUCAAUCUACAAAAGUGGUCAAGAACUGA